AUGGCGUUACCGGAUCUGGACGUUAGAAGUGUAUUAAAUGUUGUGGAAGAAAAUUUUCAACGAGUUGGCUUAAAAGCUUAUGCUAUUCGUAUGAUAUACAUCGGUGAGCAUGCAAUACCAAAAGAUGAAAUGAUAAAACAUUUUCAAGCAACAAUUAACGAUGUCAAUUCCACUUAUUGUGAAAUAAACGUGAAUGGCUUGCUUUUGGUUUACGACAGUUACUUUGUACAUAUUGUCGAGGGAUCAGAAGACACGCUUCACAGACACUUUAGAUUUUUAUUUGAACGUGAAGAUAAAUGGAUAGAACAGAAGAGAAGGGAAGAAGAAGAGGCAGCCUUGGCUUUAGAGGAAGAGGAAGGUCUAACUGUUAUUUUAGACGAAGAAACUGAACCAAAGCGUGAAUUUAAAAUGUUCAAAUGCUUAAAACUAUUGAUAGUUUAUAAUUCGUUGCAAACUCUUACAUUCGAUGACUGGCGGGCUCUUACAGCACGGCCGCCAGCUCUUAUCAGUAAAUUGGAUGUCAACGGACCCAUGUCAGAACACAUGGAACAAUUGCGAAUCUGUCUCGACAAGAUCCGAAGAAUAAUAGCACUUGCUAAGGCAGACGAUAAUCUACGCUUUGAAGGUUUGAAAGCCGUUGAUCCGAGGAUGGAGGCGCUACCAGAGGUUGCUUUGCUUGAUUAUCUUUUGCAUUCGCAAUACAUUUUGGAUUUGAGACAAGUUGUUCAUUUACAUCGUCGUGUUGAUGAUUACGUCUUCUACUUUGAAAACGUGUGGCCUCUACCAAAUCAUUUCACACCGAGAUUGCUUUACAAGUUGAAAGUUGACGACUCGUUUGUUGAGCCCUUGCCCGUGAUGCCUUGGGAACUUGUCAAAAAGGAGGUCGUUGAAAAUGAGGAAAGAGAAGAACGUGAAAGCACUUCAUCGAGUGAUUAG